CAAAAGCUCUGCUGAUGACGUGUACGCUCCCUCACUAGCAGGUUAGCUUAGCCACCUGUCAAAUUAGAGGUGUAAUAAUUAUAGUAGAGUGGUGAAAGUAAAGGGACAUAAAGCGUUUUAUUCCAUUGAAUAAAAAAAUGGAGACGCUUUACCACCAGACAAACAAACAUAUCCAGGAGGUGCAAUCUCAGAUGGGGAACCUGGAGAGGACAGACCGUCAGUCAGUUCACUUGUUAGAGAAUGAACUCCAGGCUAGGAUCGACCAGAUUUUCAGUAGUCUAGAACGCCUUGAGAUCCUUGCCGGCAAAGAACCACCAAACCGCCGCCAGAACGCCAAAUUACGAGUGGACCAACUCAAGUAUGAUGUUCAACACCUGAGAUCAGCUCUUCAAAACUUCCAGCACCGACGCUACGCUAGAGAAGCCCAAGACAGAGAAAGGGAGGAACUCCUGAGCCGCACCUUCACAACAAARGAUGCAGAUACAUCCAUCCCUAUAGACGAGACCUUACAGUUUAACACCAACUUGCACAACGCACACAGAGGCAUGGAUGACCUCCUGGGCAGCGGCACGAGCAUCCUCAACGGCCUCAGAGAUCAAAGGUCUACACUCAAGGGGACACAUAAGAAGAUGCUGGAUGUGGCCAACAUGUUGGGCCUCUCUAACACGGUGAUGCGGCUCAUCGAAAGACGAGCCACCCAGGACAAGUUCAUCAUGAUUGGAGGGAUGUUGRUGACCUGCAUCUUUAUGUUCCUGGUCAUCAGAUACCUGGGCUGACAAUCAUCCACUCAUCUCGAACUGACCAGUCAGACAUUUCAUCAGUGCGUCAUCCCACGUGAUAUGAAUUUUAACUUUAAAGUAACUUUUAUAAAUGGUGCCAUUUAUAGUUUCCUUCCUUUUUUAGUAAAUGGAUUACCACCAUUUUACUUUCAUUGCUAAAUGGUAAUGGAAGAUCCUACUUACAGACAGUAUUUUUACUGCACUUGAAGUUGAGUGCAGCUUUUCUGUUGAUAGAUUUACUGCCAGACAUCCACUCUUCAUAAAAAACCACUGUAAAUACUGUAAACCAUUCUCGUGACCUCGUUUUUUCUUACAGUGGAAAAGGAAAUUGUUCUGUUUCUCGGUUCAUCAUUAAUCUUACAGGAAUACAAAUGUGAAAAUACUCAGAAUCCUCCAUGUGCCACUUGUAAUUGAACAAAAAAAAAAACACAUGAAAUCCUUUUUGUUUCCUGUUAGAUGUAAAAAGGUGGGUUGCUCAUUAUAUACAACUGGCUAACAUUAAUGGUCUAACAGCACAAUUAAAUGUGGUGAAAAAAAAAUUACAGCUCAUAAACCAAACACUUUGGUAUUAAAAAAAAAGUUUUUUGCUGUUUUGUUAAACAAUGAAUCGAACAUUCUGAAUAAACAGUCUUCUGUAUUUCAUUA